AGGGACGAAUUCUCAUAUCAAGUACAGAGAAGCAAGCAGUGAGGAAGUAUGAGAAGAGGUGCCCGUCUAAUCAGAGAUACAGAUGGCCACAGAAGACGUGAAUACCAGCCAACCUGGCACCGGUGCACCUUUCAAUUGCCAAUUUAUACAUAAAAAAUAAAUGUUACCCCAUAAUCAAACAAUUACACUGUUUACCUUAACACACAUACUGCCAGCCGAGUGACACGUCCCCUCCCUGCACUAAUUUCUAUUCAGAUACAGUCGAAAUUCCUAAGUUCCUACACAUUUUUAGAAACAGAGACAUUAACCAUGUUGUGCCUGUUUCUGUAAAGUUUAUAUUGAAAGAAAAUGAGUAACUGAACCCCAAAAUAUUACCACACCAGGCCCCUCAAUCCCUUUCCAAUGGCUGUAGUCUACAUGAAUUAAUGUUAGAUGGCAAGCGUCUCUGGUCUGCUCUCUCCACUGCAUGCUGGAAUGGCAUCCCAAAUGGCCCAGAGUACAGGACAGCUGAGACCUAACACGGCCGGAGGUUCUUCAUCAGGGAUCUUAUCCACAGCCAGCUCUUUCCUCUGUUGGCUUGCCCUGCUGUCAGCAUUGCGGUUGCCAGUGGUAACAGCUGACUGCUGGCUUAUUGAAGGGGAGAAAGGCUUUGUGUGGCUGGCUAUCUGCAGCAUGAACCAGCCUCCCUAUGAGGCCAUCCCCUCCCACAUUAACAGCACUAUUGUUGAUCUGAGGCUCAAUGAAAACAAGAUACGGUCAGUCCAUUAUUCCUCACUAAGUCGCUUCGGAAACCUCACCUAUCUGAAUCUUACCAAGAAUGAUAUCAGCUAUGUGGAAGAUGGAGCUUUCUCAGCACAAUUCAACCUGCAGGUUCUCCAGAUGGGCUUUAACAAGUUGAGGAACCUGACGGAGGGGAUGCUGCGAGGCCUGAGCAAGCUGCAGUAUCUCUACCUCCAAGCCAACCUGAUCGAGACUGUUACACCCAGCACCUUUUGGGAAUGUCCCAACAUAGAGAAUAUAGAUCUCUCCAUGAACAGGAUCCAGGUGUUGGAUGGCAAUUUGUUCAAUGGACUUUCCAAACUGACCACCUGUGAACUUUAUACCAACCCCUUCAACUGCUCGUGCGAGCUCUUGGGUUUUCUGCGCUGGCUCGCAGCCUUCCCCAACAGGACCAGUGAAAGGAUGGUGUGUGACUCCCCUCCCGGAUUUUCUGGCUACAACUUGUUGAGCCAGAAUCCCCGCAUGCCUUCCCAGCGCAAUGCUCUGCAUGUGCUCAGUCUUGUGUGCACAGACGAUGGCAUGAGCAUGACGCCCUUUUAUGUCAUUGACUCUACCACUCAGUUGCCAGACUUUGCUUCUCCCUGCGGACUGGAUGAUUGUGCCUCUGGGACUCCACCUGACGAGGUAAUAAGCUUAAGCCCAAUAUUUUAUGAUGCCAAACCACUGAUGACGAUACAGCAGGUGCAGCAUUCAAGUGCCGUCAUAACGGUCCAGAUCCCUAAUCUAUACAAGAAAAUGUACAUCCUUAUGCUGUACAACAACAGCUUCUACACAGACAUCCAGAAUCUGCGAAACGAACGAGAGGAUAUUGAGCUUAAAAACUUAAAACCUAAUACAGACUACACUUACUGCGUAGCUUCUAUACGGAACUCCCUGCGAUUCAACCACACCUGUCUGACCAUCUCCACUGGUCGCAGGCCCGGGGCUGAAAGGGUCCCCAAUCCGUCGUCGGCCACCCACUACAUCAUGACUAUUUUAGGCUGUCUGUUUGGCAUGCUGAUCUUUCUCGGCGUUGUUGUCCACUGUCUGAGAAAGAGGAGAAUCAUGGAAGAGAAGGAGAGAAAGAUGAGCAGGAUCCAGAGGACUCUAAUCGAGCUCAAGUACGGUGGAGAAGACAUAGAAGGAGGAAGUGGAGGAUCCAUUUCCCAAAAGCUCGGUGCUGGGGACAGCCUGUCCAGAAUGCCCUACCUGCCCCAGGGUGGGGAGAUAGAUCCAUACAAGCUUCAGGAGGUGAUAGAGACCCCAGGGCACAAGCCUGCUAAACUAAGCUACAUGGAAGUCAGAGGCUCGGGCAUUGAAAGGGAGAGGGAAAGAGAGAGGGACCGAGAGAUGUCACCGCAAGCAAAUCCCCAGGGCUCAGUGGCAGAGAUCUCUACAAUCGCUAAAGAAGUUGACAAAGUUAACCAGAUCAUCAACAACUGUAUAGAUGCUCUGAAAUCCGAAUCAACCUCCUUUCAACAAGGAAUCAAAUCCCCCUCUACUGCAGGAGGAGGAGCAGUUUCAACAGCAGAGCCACAGCUGGUGCUUCUAUCUGAUCAAGGAGAGCGAGGAGAAAGAGGAAGCGAGUUCCUCUCCCCUGUGUAUAAAGGAGGGAGAGGAGGAAGAGAAGAGAGGGGGAGGGGUUUCCAUCAUUCAUUGCAGCGACACCAUAGCAUGGAAGCUCCUCCAACUUCCAAAAGACCCAGUACCUCCUCUUCUCCUGGCUCUGCCCGAAGCCCUCGCUCCUUCCACUCAGAGGGGGGCUACCACUCUACAGAGUCCCGCUACAUUGAGAGAACUUCCCCAGGAGAAAGGGGAGAAAGGGGAGAAAGGGGAGAAAGGGGGGAAAGAGGAGAAAGAGGAGAAAGAGGAGACAGAGGAGACAGAGGAGACAGAGGAGACAGAGGAGAAAGAGGAGAAAGAGUAGAAAGAGGAGAAAGAGGAGAACGAGUAGAUGCCAUCCGUACUGUCAAUCCCGCGGCAGUUAUCUUACGAGCAGAAGCCCAGAGAAUCCGCCAGUACAACGAGCACCGUCACUCCUAUCCUGGCUCCCAGCAGCAUCUCCAGGAGCUGCAACACCACCCACAGAUCCUGCAGGAGCUCCACCACCACCCAGGGGGGCGGAAACCCUCUGUGUUGGACCCGCUCACUCUCAGCAAGCAGGCUAAGCAGCGGGAGCUAGCCUACUCCCAGCUCUCACCACAUUACCCACUCUCACCCCAAUACCACAACCUUAGCUACUGCUCCAGUCCUGAAGAGGAUGAGGAGGAGGAGGGGCUCCUGUGCACCCCAACCCUGGGGCUGUGGGAGAGAUUCAAGCUGCACCGUAAGAGGCACCGGCAGGCCUCCAUGGAGGAUGAAGGCUACGUGGCAGCCGGACACGCACUGAGGCGAAAGGUCCAGUUUGCCAAGGAUGAAGAUCUUCAUGACAUACUGGACUACUGGAAGGGGGUGUCUGCCCAGCAGAAAGCCUGAUCCUUCAUUUGGAGACGGCUCCCACCGAGAACAUGGAAAAACCGCACUCCAUCCAUAUAUAUCACAUUCAUACAGAUACAAAGACUUUGUCAUUAAAGACAUGUAAAUACACACAGACAAACACAGGUAACACAACUACAGAUUCUAACUGACAUAUUUAUACACACAAACAUACACAGAUACAUACAAAAGCCGGCCCAUACUUGACACAAACUAAGCCUUUUCCUCCCAGAACAUGGAUGAGGACCAAACUAAUAUAUUAUCUUGAACUCCAGAAUUCUUAUCUUAUAGAGACUGAGUUAGCUUUUGUAUUGUAAUGGAAACCAUAGCUCAGACUUAUGUAGCUAUUUGUACUAAGUUUUGAAUGAGGAAAAACAGAAUCAUCGUAAAGAAUAGAAAACUUAAAAAUUGUUAGGAAACCCAUCCUGAACAGCUCUGAAAUGUUUUUGAUCUACCCUGAGACUUACCCCUUUGAGAAAAUGCAGAAUCUUUACAGUGGUGAUGGAUAAAGAAUCACUUUACUAGGCAGGUUGUUGCAUCGCGCCCUGCGAAACAGCCAUGAUACGAAAGAUUUUUUUAGAACUCUCCAUGAUUUGGGAGACUGAAACAUCAAAAUGACAUAUUCCGGAUGGGUCAACAGGAACCAGUAAUCUUUAACUUUGAAAAUGAGUAGGUAGCUCUCAGCAGAGAAUGAGUUUAAUGUGCCAAAUCAACCAAGGGGAUAGUAAAGCCCUACUGUGUACCAACUACUCCUCACCACUGUUUUUAUAUACUGAAUCGAAAAAAUAAGUAUGAUAUCUUGUUAUUACUAUUCAUUAUUCUUAUUCUCACUACUGGUCUUAUUAUUAUUCCUAUGAUCCUCAUCAUUAAUAUCAUGUUAUUAUGGCAUGGCUCUGUUGUGUGACUGUGUUUUUUUCGACUGUUUUGAACUCAUCAGCUAAGAACAACAGAGACAAACAGUACAGUGGAAGAGACAUUUAAGUCCUCCUUUUCUAUCAAGAGGAAUGUGCUCUGUCUGCUGAGCCAAAAAAACACGCCGGCCUUUUCUCUUGGUGAACCCCUACUCCACCUGCUCCUGAUCCCUCUAAAGAGUGAACGCUGUAAAGACGACAGAGAAGUUCUAUAUUUGCAACAGAGGUGACUGUUUUCUUUGUACAACAUGGUUUUGAAAUCUUUCAGAGUCCCAAGUUAGUUACCUACCUGCUCACCCACACUAGUACGUUUUUGAUUUUGAAACUGAACAAAAAAAAAAUCUAAUCUUCAGAUGAAUGUCUUUGAUUCCCAGAGGGGAAGUAUAACUGCACUGUUCAAAAUCAGAAAACGACUCUUAGGUAUAGACCUGAAACUCUUAGUUUUCCACCCGAUACACUGUGUGUGUGGUUUUUCUUUUUAAACAUUUCAUUUCUUUCCCAAAUUUUUAUCUUUUGGGGAUUUCUCUGGUUCCACUGUGGUGCCAUCGUGCCAACUUGAUAAGUGACAAGUAUUUGAAAAUGCUUUUAGAUGCUAAUAUUUACAGACCUCUUUUCCUUCACAUCAGUACACAUUAGUUUGCCAAACCAAGCAAUUUGCACAAACGAUCCUCCAUCAUUGGCUCACAGCUUCCCAUCUAUCCUUCAAUCAUUUCUAUGACCAAAGUACUGUGGUAGUAAAUUGACCCUUAAAGCCCCCGACCAGAAUCCAACUAUUGAGCCGCUGUCACUCUGACAGUUACAACACUAGCACCUGCACACACACACCCCAACAUGCACCAACGUUCCCUCACACGCACACACUCCAGCUCAUUCAUGCUCCUAUAACCACAAACAGAUGAAUGUAUUCUAUGAGGAGUUGAUUCUGUUUAGCAGCUGGAUUCUGAAGUGCUGAACUCAAACAGGUUUUGUUUUUUUUGGAAGAAAGCAUACUUCAGGUUGCCACUUGUGGCUAAGAAAUGUAGAUAAAUAAGGAAUUAUCGGCCCUCCACUAAAUCAAAUCCAAGCAAACUGAGGCUCAUGGGCGACCAGUUUGUGAAAAGACCAACAUGUCACUGAAGAUGUUUGUUGAAGUUCUAGCAACGGUAUCUUAUAUGAGAAGUGUUAUGGUAAAAUGUGAUUACUGUAGUAUCACUUGUGUGGUGAGAAGACACUAUGUGUACUAUAUCUGAAAUAACUGCAGGAUUUAAAUAUCGGAGGCAAAAAAAAAGAGACAAACUCAUGUGCUUAUAUACAGUAGAAUAUUCUACAGAAACUGUGCUAUAACCUAUGUAAGAAGAGAGCAUACAACUUACGGAGUCAAGGCUAUUUCAGCUCAGCAGCUUUUGUAUUUAACAAGUGUGUAGUAUUCAUGUUAUUGAUUAUGUUUUUUAUUACAAGUAUCCAUACUGAGCAGAUGGCAGAGAUGUUGCUAUCUGACUUGAAACUGAGUUGACUCCACCCUAAGAACAACACGGAGCUGGCAAACAAAGGUUUAUGGGUGAACGGAAACAUAGUAAAAAAUAUUUUUCUGUGCUAUACUGAGGUCAGAAUGUUCGAGUUAUUAAUCCUGGUUAAAGCCAUAAUCAUGGGUUAGUAAAUUCCCCACAAUUGUUUGGAGUGAGACAUGUUUCCUCUCCUGAUACUGCAGCUGUGAGUGGUGGUUCCUCUGCCUCUGAACCCAGCAGUCCAACUCUGAUCCAAAGGAAACUGUUGAGCUCUGACUGGUUCUACAUCCUUUGCCUCAGAUUGUGGCUUUAACUAAACAACAGCCUUAAAACACUUGAUUUUCUUUAAUCUUUUUAACGUCGGUGUUGCAUUGAAAAUUGGAAAAAAAAGAUGAUUUCAUAACUUAUACUUUCCUGACUGCAAUUUUAUAAUUGCUUGAUUCCAAGACUCACUUGAGCAUUCUUUGAGUAAACGUUAUAUCAAUGUAGCGAUGUGUUGAACAUUGUUUUUGUUUAUUCAUUCUGUUUAUUGACGGUAAUAGUCUGAAUUUGUAACAUGUCAGAGUAGCAUCUAGACUGAGACGCCAUCGAGGAGGUGGUGGGAGCGACCUGUCAACGGUGGCCACAAUCAGCGCUGCUUUCCUUUGAGCCGUGAUGAAGAAAAACUGUGUUUUUUGAGACAAAAAUGCCUGGAAAGUGGAAAUAAACUGAAGUCCUACUGAGACAAGAAAGAUGACAAUGGAUCAUGCUGCAAGGAGACCCUCAGUGGAAGCUUGUGUUGAGUUCUUCUCGUGAAUGUCUCAGGAGCGACAGAGCGAGAGCUUGAGAGGGAGCGAAGGCGCUCUGCCACAGGAUCUCUCAGAGGCUUUCUUUAUUUUCUUGUUGGAAAAUUCAAAUGAGCACAAUAAAAUAGCCUUCCUUACACUGUCUCCUGUCCUGGAGAAAUCCCCAUUAAGCCAGAAGUUUUGAGUACACCCAGGACUUUAUUCCACACUUUAUGGAUGUUUUAUGGGUUACUCAAGACUAAAUGUUUACAAGGGUUGAUCAUUUGUCAAGGUUGUACGAUUUCUACCUUCAUUUCAAUACAAUAUAGG